AUGCCUAAUCAACGAUUGCACAGUGAACAGAAAUCAGAUUCCCCUACACAAGGCAAAAAUGACAGUCCUGAAACUCCUUCACCCAUACUUUAUCCGCGUCUCUUCGCCCUCAUUAUCGGAAUCAACAAUUACAAAUCUGCGUCUAUCGCGAACCUGUUAGGCGCAGUUCCUGACGCUGACGCAGUUCGAGAUUACUUAUUGGGGCAGGUUGGGAUUCCAAUUUCUCAGAUCAGGAUUCUCCGCGAUAGUGAAGCCACGCGGUCUGCAAUUCUUCACGGAAUCAGCGCUUUCUUGGACGACGAGCGCAUUAAGAAAGGAGAUCCCAUUCUAAUUUACUAUGCCGGACAUGGCUCAAAGUCAUCAGCACCAUCGGGUUGGGAGGCCAGAGGGGGCGAAAUCCAGCUUCUGGUCCCGUACGAUCAGUCGAGCCUUGAUGCAGGUGGCAAAGUCCACGGUAUCCCGGAUCGUACACUAGGCGCACUGCUCACAAGGCUUGCGGGAGAGAAGGGUGACAAUAUUUCUGUCAUCUUAGAUUGUUGUCAUUCUGGUUCUGGAACGCGUGCCGAUGAUGGCGAGUCUACCUAUAUGGUUCGAAGUGUCGAAAUCGAAGCGAUUCCCUUUGACCUCGACAAAGAUGUUUGGAGUCUUCAAUCACUGUCGUACGAAGAUCGUGCUACGGCGAUUGCUACCGGUUUUGCUCACAGUGGCCUCCGGUCUCACGUACUUCUAAGUGCAUGUGGUGCUGAAGAGCGUGCUUUGGAGAGAGACGGAAGAGGGCUCUUCACGAAGGCACUGAUAGAUGCCCUUUUGGAACAUGGGACAGACAAGCUCACGUACGCGGACGUCGUACAGCGGAUAGCAAACUUGCCUACACAACAUCCUCAAUGCGAGGGCGUCAACCAGAAUCGAAUCCAUUUCAAUGCUAUAGCCACGGGCCAGCGCCACAUCCUUCACAAAAUACGUAAACAUGGGGACAUAUACAUCAUGAGCGCAGGAACAGCUCAAGGUGUUACUAAAGGGGCUCGCUUUGCCGUGUACAAAGAGAAGUAUCCAUCCGUGCAGGGGAAACCACUGGGAACUGUCAUUGCCAGCUCGCCGGGUAAUGCUGAAACAAAAAUGGACGCCUUCCCUCCGGGAUCUGAUUUUCCCCUUGAUAUGGAAGGCUUUGCUCUCCAGACUCGUACGGGAGCUGAGGAAAGCCUCAGAAUUCACAUUGCGGUGGACAGCGAGUUUGCUUCAGAAUUUGAAGCCCGUAGCAAGGAAAUGCAGGAGAGCGAUCCUGCAUGGAGAACUAUCAUACGGACCGAGAAGGAGAAGGCGGAACUCGGCAUCGCACUCGAGAAAGGGAGAAUCGUCUUCAACAUUUUAGAUCGGUACACAACGCAGCAUGGGCUGACCCGUAUGCCAUUUCCCGUCGCACGUACCGUCGACGCUGUCCUGCCUGUCGUCCGUAGUGCUGCCCACUUCUACUGGCAUCUUCGCCGAAAACCCGGGAGCGAGGCGAGAAGCGGCAUGAGAAAGUUCGUCGACAUCGAGUUCACGCAGCUCAAAGGGUCCGAGGAGAAAUUUGAUGGCCAUCUUCAUCCUGUCCUUCAUAAGUACGGCCCCAAUCUGAAUUGUAACAAUAAAAUCGACCUACAAAUCAAGGAUACCGCGCGAUAUGGUUUGAAGAUCGUCAACAAGUCAGAGGUGGCACUGUAUCCCGCCCUAUUUUACUUCGACAGCAGCAAUCUCAGCAUUGAGCCAUACUAUGAACCACCGACCGCCAAGGGUAUCGUUGAUGCACCCCUUCGAAAGCAGAGCUCCCUUACCAUAGGUUAUGGAGAUUCAGGGUCUAUUCCGCGGGAGUAUUUCCUUCGGGACGGGCAAAAGCUUGACGUAGGGUUCCUCAAGCUGUUCCUUUCGACGGAAUACGUCGACUGGUCACAUAUUUCUCAGCCGUCACCGUUUGAUAACACCCGAGCUUCGAAACAAGCCCCUGUAAACUAUCCCAUGAUCUGGGAUACCAUCGUUGUUCCAAUCAUUCAGCGGGGUACAUCCUAA